AUGCAGGAUAAUAAAGAUAAACCAGUUCUAAAUGAUAUAUUGGAUAAACUUGCUAUAAAACACUUGCAUUUAAUCGAAGAGAAAAUGCGCUGCGAGAUGAACAUUGAGUCUUCUAUAAAUAAUGGCAGCAUUCACUUAGCAAAAUCAAGAUAUAUCAUGGGUCAGAGUUCAGUGAGUACAGCUAGGUUGCCAGUUGAGAACAGCCCAGAAUUUUCAGCAUCGGCUGUAUGUGAGACUACACCUGAUGAUGAUGGAAUCAUGCAGUUUAAGGUAGCAGAAAGCAAAGCUGAAAACACUGUUAAUCCUAUGCGCUGGUUCGGAGUUUUGGUUCCUCAGAAUUUGCAUAAAGCCCAAGGCAUUUUCCAAAAUGCAAUCAAUUAUGUAGUAGAAUGUGUAAAUGUACAGUUACAACUCUUGGAUAAUAUGAAGAAGAUGGACAUGUUAAAAAAGUAUGUAAGUUAG